UCCUACUUUCAUGUUGUACUGCAGAACUGCGACGCGCGGAUUGCCAAAGCUCCAGCUGUCCUUCUCAAUUCAAAAUUAUUUCAUAAGUGUAUUUUUGUAUUUUCGGAAAUAUUCACACAUACUGUACAUAUAAUACACUCACUACUUACACACAUCGCACACUGCAAACCAAACUACACUUUUCAAAUGUUGACACCGUCCACCACCUAGUUGCAUUGUCUCUCAAGGCGAUAGACAGUACACAAAAUGCCUGUCGCAGCUAGCACAUCGUCUGCGCCGGUUGACUUACUCGUCAAUGUCGGCAAGAAUCAGAGCACCAAGACCUUAUUGAGGGUCAUUAUUCUCUGCUUCAUUGCCGCCGCCGCUGUCGCAAGUCGUUUGUUCUCUGUCAUCCGUUUUGAGAGUAUUAUCCACGAAUUCGACCCGUGGUUCAACUUCCGAGCAACCAAGUAUCUAGUUGCUCAUGGCUUUUACGACUUUUGGGACUGGUUUGACGAUCGAACAUGGCAUCCUCUCGGACGAGUUACUGGAGGUACUCUUUAUCCUGGUUUGAUGGUCACCAGUGGUAUUAUUUACCAUAUCCUACAAGCCCUGACCGUACCCAUCGACAUUAGAAACAUUUGUGUUCUUCUCGCCCCUGCUUGCUCAGGUCUGACUGCCUUUGCCACUUAUCUCCUUACUAACGAGAUGACCACCUCCCCAUCUGCUGGUCUUCUCGCCGCAGCCUUCAUGGGCAUUGCCCCAGGUUACAUCUCGCGAUCUGUUGCUGGCUCAUACGACAACGAGGCUAUUGCCAUCUUCCUCUUGGUUUUCACCUUUUAUCUCUGGAUCAAGGCUUUGAAAUUAGGUUCUGUCUUAUGGGGUGCUCUUUGCGCACUAUUCUACGGUUACAUGGUGGCCUCGUGGGGUGGAUAUGCCUUCAUUACAUGCCUGGUGCCUCUGCAUGCAUUUGUGCUCGUCUGCAUGGGCAGAUUUAGCAUGCGCCUCUACGUCUCGUACACUACGUGGUACGCUCUUGGUACCUUGGCUAGCAUGCAGAUCCCGUUCGUCGGUUUCCUGCCUGUCCGAACUAGCGAGCAUAUGCCCGCCUUAGGUAUAUUUGGCUUCCUUCAACUCGUCGCGUUCCUCGAGUAUGUCCGUUCAGCCAUCCCAAGCCGUCAGUUCCAGACCUUCCUCUAUGUCGCGCUGGGUGGUAUAUUCGGCGUAUCUGUCCUCGCUUUAGUUGGCCUAACUACCCUUGGAUACAUUGCCCCUUGGUCUGGCCGAUUCUACUCCCUAUGGGAUACUGGCUAUGCCAAGAUUCAUAUUCCCAUUAUUGCCUCUGUUUCAGAGCAUCAGCCCACUGCCUGGCCUGCCUUCUUCUUCGAUCUCAACAUGCUGAUUUGGCUCUUCCCCGCCGGUGUCUACCUCUGUUUUCAGAGACUUGAAGAUGAGCAUGUCUUUAUCAUUGUGUACGCCCUAUUUGGAAGUUAUUUUGCUGGCGUCAUGGUCCGAUUAAUGCUUACUCUCACGCCGGUGGUUUGUGUGGCCGCUGCCAUCGCCACUUCUCAACUCCUCGACACGUAUCUUGUCGUUAAAUCUCCUGAAUCUCCGGACAAGGAGGAGGAAAGCUCAGAUGCUUCUACGAAGAAGGCAGCGAAGCAUGGCUUGCUACGGACCGCAUCUCAACCCGUGGUCGGCAUCUAUAACUUGUUGUCAAAGGGUUUCGUAUCCGGAUCCAUGUUGUUGUAUUUGCUCAUCUUCGUGCAGCACUGUACCUGGGUCACCUCCAACGCAUAUUCGUCCCCAUCUGUAGUCCUAGCGAGCCGGAUGCCGGAUGGAAGCCAGCAUAUCAUUGAUGACUACCGUGAAGCUUACCAAUGGCUUCGGCAGAAUACGAAGGAAGAUGCCAAGAUCAUGUCUUGGUGGGAUUAUGGCUAUCAAAUCGGCGGCAUGGCCGAUCGCCCCACGCUCGUUGACAACAACACCUGGAACAAUACCCACAUUGCUACGGUGGGAAAGGCUAUGAGUUCCCGAGAGGAAGUAAGUUAUCCAAUCAUGCGCCAGCACGAGGUUGACUACGUUCUUGUCGUAUUCGGUGGUCUUCUCGGCUAUUCCGGUGACGACAUCAACAAGUUUCUCUGGAUGGUCAGGAUCGCGGAAGGUAUUUGGCCUGAUGAGGUCAAGGAGCGUGACUUUUUCACGGCUCGGGGCGAAUACAGAGUGGAUGGAGAGGCGUCAGAGACCAUGAAGAACAGCUUGAUGUACAAGAUGUCGUACUACAACUACGGCUCUCUCUUUCCGCCUGGACAGGCUCAAGACCGUGUCCGGAAUGCCCGACUACCCGACCAAGGCCCAGUUCUUAAUACGCUAGAAGAAGCCUAUACCAGUGAGAAUUGGAUCAUCAGAAUCUACAAGGUGAAAGACCUUGACAAUGUAGGCCGUGAUCAUGCGGCAGCCGCGUCAUUCGAGAGAGGACACAAGAAGAAGAAGUCGACAAAGAAGCGCGGGCCUCGAGUCCUCAGAGUGGAGUAAUUGACUUACGAAAGGGGGUAGGGGGCAAGGUAAUGGGGCGGUAGGUGGAUGGAUGGAGGGUCUAGGAUGGCAGGAUUGCCAUGCAAUUCAUAUGAUUAAUUUAUUAUGGAUUUGCUAGCUGGUUUGCGAGCAGCAGCUGUUGAUGACUUGUGAUGUGUAUACGUACUAAAAUACAAAAGUCAGGGAAGGCGGGAAAAUAAAGGUCAAAAGACAAAAAGUGGACAGACUCGAGAUGCAUCACGGCCAUUAUAAUUGAAAUGCAUGACAUAAAACUCCACGUGUAUUCAAAAGGAAGUAAAGUUCAGCACUAAAUGACUACCUAGGUACCUAACUUACGUAGGUAAUCAAUCAGUCACCUUGUGAGUAUAUUCG